AUGGAUAGAGGAUUUCCCACAAAUUCCCUACAAAACACGGCCUAUCCGAAUACGCUAGCACGCUGUUUGGCCCAGGCACAAAAUGAUCGAACGCGUGUUGCACCGCCUUUGCCACAAAUCCGUCCGAGCUCGCGUAUGUUACGCUCAUUGUCUACAAAGGAACAUACAUGUGUGGAACUUUCCGAGCCGGCUCUAUGUGAUUACUGUCAUCGAUCUGUUCCAUUGGCCUCGAUUUGCAGACCUCCGGUCUAUACGUACGCGCUCAAUUCCAGUUAUCCGAUAGAUUCUGGCCGUCAGGGAGAGGAUUCGGCGGAGGAUGUCCCGUCCGAGUCAGAGGGGCUUAACAACAUCAACGACAAAAAUAAUACAAACAGUAACAUAAAUGACUCACUCUUGACUCAGCCGAAAUUAGAUUCAUGGCCUUUAUCAAGAGACUGUGUAUUUUACAUCACUAUCAAUGAGGAUCGUUUGGCUGGUCCGUUUCUCUUUACUUCUGUGCCAUCUGACGCACAAUCGAGCGAUGCGGAUACUGUCGUUCAAACUGGUUUUCUCAAUGUAUUUCAUCCGGAAGGUCUUCACUUGUCUAUCUUUAUGCCCACAACAGAUUUGUCCCGUUUGGAAUGUCAACGCUCACUGUCCCCACGCAGUCGGUACAAUUUUCAUCGACUCACACUGUGCUACCCGCGUCUUGGUGAGUAA